UAUGUGCCUGGUCGUAUGCUGGAUACUAUGGAUAUAAAGUGGUAUUAAAUGAGACCCCAUAUCCCAGUUUACAACCAAGUCUGUACCUGAUCCUGACAAGCAUCCAUCCCCACCCAAUAAAACAAAACACACAAAAAACGAGGUAAGGUCGCCUGUUAUGUCAUAGCACUUUGCAUUGCCUUCCUUAGCAUUAUCACAAUUUCAGUUAGAUGGUUGCGUUAAUUAAUUGCUUACUACCUGUGCCAGCUACUGGAGUGAGAGCUAAAAUGUAGUCUCUUUGGUUCUUUGCUUUAUACUCCACGCUUAACGUGUCUGGGAGAGAAAAGACGAGCAACAAAUAUGUGUCGAAUGGGUGGAUGGAUGAAUGGAUGAGAAAGCAAACGGAUGUCGACAGCGUAAGAGUGUAUAACACAGCAGAAUACCUCCUCUAUUAGGCGUGCAAACCCCUCUGGGAAUCUAUAGAGGGAGCAUUUAAAGCUAGCCUUGACGGAGCUGAUUUCCGGAAAGGAAAUGAAUCUUUUCCAACUCCGACACUUGCAUGAUGCUGUCUCCCGCCGGCCUGCCACUAGUUUCAGAGGGAUGAUUCUCUGUGAACCAUCAGGUUCGUGCCAACAGCAGGGCAUCAACAAGAUCGGUGAGAUGACUCAAAGGCUGGCGAGGACAACACCCAACUGGAUCAUGUCUGGCUAAAAGCCAGAAGGAAUAAAACGCUUCCUUCCCGGUGGAGGCGCGGGCGCCGGGGUAACGCCGGUCCCCAGCCUCCACGUUGACGCUGGAGCCCAGGCCGGCCGGCGGUCACGUGACUCGGCCCUCCGCGGCCCGGGCACCUGGGCCGUGCUGCGCAUGCGCCGUGGCUCCGGGGCGGAGGACCUGCGUGCGCUGACAGCUUCCGGCUUGGUAGCCCCGCCCCUGCCGGGAUAAAGCUGUUGGGGCUCGGCGGGGGCCGCCGCGGGGUGGCAGGGGGCAGGGCGUGGUCAGGUAAGGCGAGCGCCCGAGCCGGGUGCCUCGGAGCCAUGGCCUGCUCCAUUGUCCAGUUCUGCUCCUUCCAGGACCUCCAGGCCUCCCGGGACUUCCUCUUCCCUCGUCUGCGGCAGGAGACCCCCAGCGGCGCCCUGCGGAGAGACCCCAGUAAAUCAGCAAACUGGGAAGAUGAUGGUUGGGGAGCCUGGGAAGAAACGGAAUCCCAAGAACUGGAAGAAGAAGGAAGUACCGGCAAAUCACAAAAAACUUCCUGGCUCCAAGAUUGUGUUUUAUCCUUAUCACCAACCAACGACCUUAUGGUUAUAGCUCGGGAACAGAAAGCUGUGUUUCUAAAUGAAGAGUUGAGUAUCUUAUAUCCAGCUGCCAUUGUGACUAUUGACGGAUUUAGCCUUUUCCAGUCUCUCCGUGCUUGUCGAAAUCAGGUAGCCAAAGCUGCAGCAUCAGGCAACGAGAACAUACAACCACCACCAUUAGCUUAUAAGAAAUGGGGUCUACAAGAUAUUGACACUAUUAUUGAUCAUGCUAGUAUUGGUAUCAUGACGCUGUCCCCUUUUGAUCAAAUGAAGACUGCCUCCAAUAUAGGUGGAUUUAAUGCAACAAUUAAAAACAGCCCACCCGCCAUGUCUCAGUAUAUCACUGUAGGGUCCAAUCCAUUUACUGGCUUCUUCUAUGCUUUAGAGGGUAGCACACAACCAUUAUUGUCACAUGUUGCCCUAGCAGUUGCCAGUAAACUCACUUCUGCUUUAUUUAAUGCUGCCAGUGGCUGGCUCGGUUGGAAAAGCAAGCACGAAGAGGAAGCUGUACCAAAGCAAAAGCCGAAGGUUGAACCAGCCACCCCGUUAGCUGUAAGAUUUGGACUUCCAGACUCUAGACGCCACGGUGAAAGCAUAUGUCUGUCUCCAUGUAACACACUGGCAGCAGUAACAGAUGAUUUUGGCAGAGUUAUUUUAUUGGAUGUAACUAGAGGAAUUGCAAUACGCAUGUGGAAAGGGUAUCGGGAUGCACAGAUUGGUUGGAUCCAAAUCGUAGAAGACCUCCAUGAAAGAGUACCAGAAAAGGUGGAUUUUUCCCCCUUUGGAAAUACGCAGGGUCCCAGUCGAGUAGCUCAGUUCCUUGUGAUCUAUGCGCCAAGGAGGGGCAUUUUGGAAGUCUGGAGCACACAGCAGGGACCUCGAGUGGGCGCUUUCAACGUGGGGAAGCACUGCAGGCUGCUGUAUCCUGGCUAUAAAAUAAUGGGCUUAAAUAAUGUCACCAGUCAGAGUUGGCAGCCACAGACUUACCAGAUCUGUCUUGUCGACCCCGUGUCCGGAAGUGUGAAAACUGUGAUUGUCCCUUUCCAUUUGGCACUAAGUGAUAAGAAGAGUGAACGAGCCAAGGACGUGCAUUUGGUGAAGAAAUUAGCAGCCUUACUGAAAAGCAAAUCUCCCGAUCUUGAUUUGGUUGAGACAGAAAUAAAGGAAUUAAUUCUUGAUAUUAAGUACCCUGCAACCAAAAAACAAGCUUUGGAGAGCAUUUUGGCAAGUGAACGUUUACCAUUCUCCUGCCUUAGAAACAUCACUCAGACUCUAAUGGACACUUUAAAAAAUCAAGAACUUGAGUCUGUUGACGAAGGACUGCUACAGUUUUGUGCCAAUAAAUUGAAAUUACUCCAUCUUUAUGAAUCUACCAGUCAGUUAAAUUCCCUUGAUUUUCAUUUAGACACACCAUUCUCUGAUAAUGACUUGGCUGUGUUACUAAGGCUUAAAGAGCAAGAACUGCUUAAGCUCCAGACAUUAUUAGAGAAGUACAAGCAAGAGAACACCAGGACUGCGGUCCGAUUUUCUGAUGAUGAGGAUGGUGUGUUGCCCAUAAAAACAUUCCUGGAAUAUUUAGAAUGUGAGAAAGAUGCGAUCACCAUAAAGAAGAUAAGUGAAGAGGAGUACGUGGCUUUAGGCAGUUUCUUUUUUUGGAAGUGUUUGCAUGGAGAAAGUUCCACUGAGGACAUGUGUCGUACUCUGGAGUCAGCUCGACUUAGCCCUCAGCUGUUGUUGUCUCUGCUCCUGAGUGUUUGGCUUUCUAAGGAGAAGGAUAUUCUGGAUAAACCACAGUCCAUCUGCUGUCUUUAUAGGAUGCUGUUACUCCUGAGCAAGAUGAAAGUGGCCAUCGAUGACGCCUGGGACUCCCAGCCCGUGUCCCCGUGGUGGCAGCAGAUGCGCACGGCUUGCAUUCAGUCCGAGAACAACGGGGCUGCUCUGUUAUGUGCCUACGUGGGGCACUCUGUCGCCUUGCAGAUCGCGAGCACGGUGACAGAGAUGGUUUUGGAUACUGAUUCCUGGGAGGCCCUUUCUCUGGACAUGGAAUACUGGGAACUCCUGCUGAAACAGCUAGAGGACUGUCUCAUACUUCAGACCCUGCUUCACAGCAGAGCCAGCACUCGACCCUCCAAAGUGUCGUCGCCACAGACGGAGCCACUGCCCAGGCUUUCUGUGAGAAAGCUUCUAGAAGGAGGAAAAGGUGGCAUUGCAGACAGUGUGGCCAAGUGGAUAUUUAAACAGGACCUCAGGCCUGAAGUGCUACGACUGGCCAGUAAAGAAAGAGAUGCAGAAAACCCAGACGAGCCCAAAGAAGGUAUUCCCAGAGGUUUAAUUGAGGUGUCAGAGGUAGAGAUGGACUUAGGAGCCAUUCCAGACUUGCUGCGCUUGGCCUACCGGCAGUUUCCUUGCAGCCUGGAGCUGGACGUGCUGCAUGCACACUGCUGCUGGGAGUAUGUCGUUCAGUGGAACAAAGACCCAGAGGAAGCACGUUUUUUUGUUAGGUCAAUAGAACACUUGAAGCACAUUCUUAAUGCACAUGUUCAGAAUGGCAUCGCACUGAUGAUGUGGAACACGUUCUUGGUGAAAAGGUUUUCUGCCGCUACGUACUUGAUGGAUAAGGUUGGAAAAUCCCCAAAGGAUAGGUUAUGCCGAAGGGAUGUGGGGAUGAGCGACACAGCCAUGACCUCCUUCCUUGGCUCCUGCUUGGAUCUCCUUCAGACUUUAAUGGAGGCAGAUGUCAGCAGGGAUGAGAUGCAGGCGCCCGUCCUGGACACCGAGGAUGCUUGGCUGACUGUCGAGGGGCCAGUCUCCAUAGUGGAACUGGCCCUUGAGCAGAAACACAUCCACUACCCGCUGGUCGAGCACCACUCCAUCCUGUGCUCCAUCCUCUACGCGAUCAUGAGGUUUUCUCUGAAGGCUGUGAAGCCACUGUCCCUUUUUGAUAGUAAGGGGAAAAAUGCAUUUUUCAAAGACCUAACUUCAAUUCAGUUACUACCUAGUGGGGAAAUGGAUCCGAACUUUAUUUCUCUACGACAACAGCUCUUACUGAAAGUUGUCAGUGCAGCCGUCCAGGCCCAACAUCCAGUCGCAAAGGACAAAGAUUCCUCAGAAAAGGCACCGACCACUCCUUUUGGGAAGGACCAAGAUUGGCCAGUUCUAGCCAUGGACUUGGCCCAUCACCUUCAAGUUAGUGAAGAUACUGUCAGAAGGCAUUACGUGGGAGAACUCUACAACUAUGGCGUCGACCACUUAGGAGAAGAGGCCACGCUCCAGGUUCACGACAAAGAGGUCCUCGCCAGCCAGCUGCUGGUGCUGACAGGGCAGAGGCUGGCUCACGCACUCUUCCACACACAGACAAAAGAAGGAAUGGAACUGCUUGCCAGGCUCCCACCCACACUCUGCACUUGGCUGAAAGCGAUGGACCCCCAGGAUCUUCAAAACACAGAAGUGCCAAUUGCAACAACAGCUAAACUCGUAAAUAAAGUAAUUGAGCUUCUACCAGAAAACCACGGGCAGUACAGUUUAGCCUUGCACCUCAUUGAAGCUGUGGAAGCCAUCUCUCUUCCUUCUUUAUGACCCGCGUCCACUGCAAACAGCCUAAAAUUGUGUGACUAUCACAUGAAUUAGUGCAUGGCUAUUUUACAUAGUAAGCUGGAAUUUUACGGAGGGAGUAUGUUUGUUUUUUUUUCUUUUAUAAAUAAACGUAUAUAUUCCUUUUAAAAA